AAUUCAUCUUUUAUCCUCUCUCUCUCUCUCUCUCUCUCUCUCUCUCUCACGGGAUCUCACUCCAUCCUCCAUCAUCACUUGGAUUUCAGUUGCCGAAGUAACAACGGUGGUACAUUGGGUUUGUUUCCUUUCUCAGAUAAUAGAUGGACAUAAUCAGUGGGUUGCCUGAUGAACUGCUUAUUAAGAUAUUAAUGUUGGUUCCGACAAAAGUUGCUGUAUCCACAAGCAUCUUGUCGAAACGUUGGGAGUAUCUUUGGAUGUGGUUGCCUAAACUUGAUUACGGUCCUCGUAACUGUUCAGAGUCUGAAUGCGAGAAGCUAAGGUGUUUUCUCGACAGAAAUUUGCCUUUACAUAGAGCUCCGGUGUUAGAAAGCUUCCGUCUUGACUUAUGCUGUUCACGUUUUAAACCCGAGAAUAUCAACAUGUGGGUUUUAACAGCAGUUUCCCACUGCCUACGUGAGCUGGAGAUGAUGCUAUAUGAGUCUGAUCCGGCUAAGCCAUUCGUAUUGCCGAGCAACUUGUAUGCCUGCAAAUCUCUCGUGGUCUUGAAACUGGGUGGAGAUAUCCUCUUGGAUGUUCCUACAAUGGCGUCUCUUCCUUCUCUCAAAACUAUGAAACUUCAAAGUGUGAGAUACUUCAGUGACAAAACUCUCCCACUGCUUCUAUCAAAAUGCCCACUUCUUGAAGAUCUUGUGGUGGAUUUACGUGAGGAUGAUACCCCGAGAUAUCUGGGAGUUGUUGUUCCGUCUUUGCAGAGUUUGUCACUCUAUAUACCCUAUAAUAAUCAUAUUAUAGAUGGGUUUGUGCUAGUAACUCCUGCUUUGAAGUAUUUCAAACUUAUGGACUAUAACGAACACUACUGUCUGAUCGAGAAUAUGCCUAACCUGAUCGAGGCAUAUUUAGAUGUUGAUUGUCCUGAUAUCAAGGAUCUCAUUGGGUCAAUCACAUCUGUCAAGCGUCUUUCAAUAUGUUCAAAGGAUAUGCUCGGUGAAGGUUUUGUCUUCAACCAGCUUGAACAUCUGGAGGUAUGUUUAUGCAUGGAGCAUUCCUCGAAUCAACUUUUCCGGCUGCUCAAAGCUUCUUCUAACUUGAAGAGACUAGACAUUUCCUUAAUGCGUGGUCACGUGUCUCAAGGUAUGGACGACUGGAAUCAACCAACUACUGUUCCUGAAUGUCUGCUGUCGAGUAUGCAAAAUCUCAACUGGUCUUCAUACACAGGAGAACCACAAGAGAGAGAGAUUGUGGUUUACAUUUUGAAACACGCUGUUCACUUAAAGACUGCAACAAUCAAGUCAUCAUCUGAAUUGGGAGUUACAAAAUCUGAUAUGUUAAAGGAGUUGGAACUUUCUUCUAGAGCUUCAGCUGCAUGCCAACUCAUGUUCGAGCUAUUAUGAUGCUUGAUGAGGGUUUUGUCUUCAACCAGCUUGAACAUUUGGAGGUAUGUUUAUGCAAAGA